AUGGCUAUGGCAGUAGGUUUACGGUGAAAUACGCAGUACAAAAACCGAAGUUGUCCGAGAUCCGUGUAUUCUCCCACCAUAGUUGAUCGCUGUGACAUCAUUGGGCACCGGCGGAAAAAUUGCAAGCGUUAACGAUAAGGUAAUUACCUACUGUUUUUAAUAAUAACGAAUUAAUCUGUUUAUUGUUUAAUCAAAAAUAUCAACAUUUUUACUUUUGUCUUUUGUCUUUGUUAGCAGUUCGGUAUUCUUGUUAAUUGACCCAGUGACACCCGUCAAUAUUUUCACGAAAUUUUGGCAUAAUUGUAAUAACUACAUUUUAAGUGAUUCUAACGCAAUUGAAUUAUACAUUGCUGGUAUUUGAUAUGAUUAAUAGGGGUGGGUCAGUACCACUUUUUUUUCGAUAUCCGAUUUAUGAAUACUUUCUAUAGAACCCAGGCAUUACAGAAAAUUUUCACGGAAAAUAUCGGGUCAAAUGUAGGUUUUAAAAAAAUAAACCGAUACCAUCAAUACCAAGUAUCAGCCCAUCCCUAAAACCCAAAAACAUUGAUCAAGUUUUACAAGUUAUGUUUAACUUUGCAAUUUUUAUCUUUUUUAGAGAUUCGUCUAUCGAUAGUUUAUUUUAUACAUUUAUAAAGUAAUAUAAUAUAUUUUAUAUAUUAAAAGUUAACGAGAAAUAAUUUCUCCAUAAAGUUACUUGCGAUUGUAAAGAAUAUAAUUGAAAACUUCAAAUCUACAAAACAAUUAUGUUUGGAAAUGUGUUAACAAAAAAGAACAAUUCAUUAAGUUAUUUUAAAAAAAAAUACGUAGAAUUAAAAAUAGAAUAAAAAAGAAUUGUUUAAUUUUUGUAAAAACAUGUUAGAAAUCAAUAAUAAUUGUAAAUAUAAAGAUGUAUUAUCUAAUGAUACAGAAGUCUAGAAGGUUUGGUGUAUGUAUUAAAGACUGAAUUAUAUGAUUCUAAGCAUAAUGAAGAAUAUAUUAGUUUUAUUUGUUUUUGUCCUACAAACUGCUGUUGUGUGAAGACAAUAAUAUUUAGGUUUUAUAGAAUUACCAAGUGUGUUGGAUUGAAUGCUUGUAACUUUUUUGAGUAUUAUUUUAUCACCUAAAAUAACAACAUAUUUAUUCAAGUCACAUUUUUGUGUUGAAAAAAUAAUUUGAAUUAAGUUAUUAAAUUAUUACUACAAACAUAUUAAAGAAAUAUUUAUUUAAUAAAUGUAACAAUGCUACAAGAAUUUAUAGUCAUUUUACAUUUAAUGAUAGGUUUUACCUAUGUUCUUUACAUUAAUUAAUUGAUCAAAGCUGUAAAUGUUAUUCAUUUUUAAUCCAAAAUGGGAUAGAAUACCUCAAAACAUAUGUAUGAUAAUAACAAAUUUCCAAAUUAUUUCUUUAAAUUGUUGCAGUUGCAGACACAUAAAGUUGUUAACGAUAUUCAUUCAUCUUCAACAUUGUUGUAUGAAGGCGGCAAUAUCAUAACUUCAUCUUCAUCGCUGCUUUCGCUGUCACUUCUACUACUUAAUCUUGUAAUACGACGUACGCGAUCCCAAUAUUCUUGGUUUCUCUCCAUCAUCCAGUUUUCGAACCAAACCCGUUGAAUUGGUUACUGUAUUUUCGUAAGUAGUAAUGUUUAUAACAAUUGUUAGUCAUGUCUAACACGACGUUGUUCUAUUGUUUUAAGUCUACGGUUUUUAUUAUCAGAUUCACUUGAAAACUUGAAAUUGAUUAAUUUUAUUAAUUAUUCGAUUUUUAACACAAAGGAUAAAAUAAUUGUAUUAUCAAUGUAUAAAAAAGUAUUAAAUAAUAUGUUUAUAUCAAAUAUAUCAACAAUUAUUAUAAUUUAGCGGAAUUCUAGCAACGCAUAUAAUAAAAUAUUAAGUUCAUAACCUCAAAUAAGUAUAAGCAGCAGCGCUCGUGAGUAAAAUCUUAACCACGGUUAAAUUAAAAUUAGAAUAAAGAUAAGUUAUUAAUUGUUAUCAAAAUCGGGAGCACUGUAUCCUUCCCAUAGAGUACUAACCAAGGUUGUAGAUAUACGGUAAUAGAUACAUCUACAACUGUGGUGCCAAGGGGGACUGGUAUAUAUUGCGCAUGCGUAUCAGUACUCGUCGCAUAUUUAUUGUAUAAUCGUUAUAAUACCACUAGGCAGUGAUAGUACAAGAAAAUGUGAUGGCAGUGUAGGUACGUCACACUUGAUUACGUGAUUCGACCAAUUGCGCGUGAUAUACAUUUUGCACAUGCGCAUUUGUCCCAAUUAUCCUUAGUUAUGUUUGCUCUAUCUAUAGUAUAUGGCCUAAGGUUGAAACGUCUAUUAUUUACGAACUUAUUGAUUUUUCGUAAAUAGAUAAUUCGCGGAACCCCAAAGGUUACUACCACGGUUAGGUCUAUAUAUACUUAACCGUGGUUACUAUUACCCCUGCUAUCUCAAAUGGUGGCGUUAUCAUUAGCCGCUCAAUCGCGUUGAACCGUUUACAUGUUUACAUAAUAUUAUUAUUUACGUUUGUACAUUUUGAAAUUUGUUAUUGUUCAGCCAUUUAUUGUUUAUGAUCGUUCUUAUAUUGUUUUGAAAUGCCCAUUUCUUGUUGUAUACGUGGCUGUAAGAGCAGAGGCAGUGGAAUCAAGUAUUUUAGGUAGGUAAUUAAUAAUUUUAUAUGUAUACCUAGUUAAUAUUCCAAACGGAUACUUAAUUGAAUGUUUUAAUUCAUUAAUAUUGUUAUCUUCAAUUAUUAUAGAUUUCCCAAGGAUGAAGUCAUAAGACUAAAAUGGAUUCAAGCAAUCCGAGAAAAUAAUAGAGAAAGUUUUGUACUCUCAGAUUAUUCCAGGAUUUGUGAUUCACAUUUUAUUACAGAUGAUUAUCAAAAAAGGCCCGAUCUUAUUAAAUUAAUACCUAAAGCUGUGCCAAGUGUUUUUAACUGUACUGGAACUGUAAAACCAAAUAUCAAACAAAAACGAUUAGUUACAAAAUCAAAUAUUAAGUCUGUUAAAAAAUGUUAUGAUUAUUUAUCGGAACAUAAUUAUGUGCUGAAGCUUCCUGAUAUAUCACCUACUUCUGCAGACAUAAGUUUAGAAAUAUCUGUUGAUCCAUCAAAAUGCAUGGUUCAAACUUUAAAAGUUGGCGACAAUUUUAUUAGUGAACCGUAUAUGAUAAAUAUAUCUGGAUCAAGAAAGCAAAGUUUAGAAAGUAAUUCAUACACACUGUACCUAAAUAUAUAUAUUGUGUAUCUUAUAUGAAUUAUAUAUUUGUGUAUAUUUAUUUAUAGAUCCGAUAAUAGACCUUACGACAGAUACUGCUGAAAACAACUCUGAAAAUCGAAUAAAUCUGCAGAAAAUAUUGGAGAAGAAUUGGAGAGAUAUUGCGACUACACAAACAGCUACUAUAAAAAAUCUGAAAAAGAAAAUAAAAGUUCUUCAACAAAAAAUAAGACGCCAGAAUUCAAAAAUUGGGGUUUUAAAGGUUGGUUUUUGUCAAAGUUUAAUACAGUAAUAUAAAAAAUGAAAUUGAAUAGAAAAACAAACACAUAAUGUAAUAAAAUAUGAAAUAUAGUAAUAAUUGUGUGGUUACAAUUAGUAAAACAUUACUAAUUAAUAUAUAUAUUGUAAAAAUUACAUGUGUUAUUAAAAGUAACAUGCAAAAGGUAAUUUUGUGUUACGUAUUUUAGUGUACAUGCAAAUUAAAUAAAUACUUACUUAAUAUUUGAGAAGUAUCUAUUUUCUUAAUAUUUUUUAUAUUAGUUAAAAGCACUAUUAUUAAUUGGGUCUCAUUUUCUUUAUUCUUUUAAAAAGUUUAACAAACAGCAUUUGUGUAAUUUCAGAAUCGUUUGGAAAAUGUUUACUAA